CUCCGCCGCCGCCGCCGCAGGCGGCGGCAGCACCGGCGGCGAAGCCGCCGGCGCCUCCGGCGCCGGCCGGCGCCGUCUUCCCCAAGGCGCCAAGUCCUCCCUGGACCACUGUUCGUUGGUUCGGUACUCGCCUACGGGGGCGUUGAUCGCAGCUGCCGCGGGUCCGGGCGGGCGCCACGUGUACAUCUUCUCCACGCUGACCAAGCGGCAGUUGGCGGUGCUGGCGGGGCACUACGAGGCGGUGAUGGACCUGGCGUGGAGUGAUGACGGGGCGUACCUGGCCACCAGCGGGGAGGGGGCGGUGUUCACGUGGGCUAUGGAUGGCUUCAUGAGGGUGCAGGAGAACACCUCCAAGCUCUACCUCAACGACGCCAUAGCCUGCACUCCCGAGUUCCGCACGCUGGUGGUGGGCGACACCACUCAGGGUCUCCGCAUCAUGGAGACGCUGAGAGCCGCCUCUCCAGCCGGGGGCCCCGGCGGCGCCGACGAGGGCUCCCUAGACGGCUCCUCCGAGGGCGGCAACACCGGCGGAGCAGCCGGGCCCGGCAUGCAGUCCCCUGCAGGCGCCCUCGGCCCCGGCGGCCGUCUCGGCACCGCCAACAGCACCCUCAACGGCAGCCCGGGCGGCCCUGGCGGCGGCGGCGGCUCCGCCCCUGAUACCCCCUCGUUCCGCGUUCCCGGUCGGGCCUCGCUUAUGCCUCUAGGCUCCGAGCCCCCCAACGCAUCCGUGCACCAACGGGCCAAAUCCCAGGCUGCCAUGCGGCUUCCCUCCACGAUGCGGGGCGGUCAGGCGGACGGCGGCGGUGCCGGCGGCGGCGCAGCCAGCGGGACGCUAGCAGUUUCGGAGCUCAAGCUGCGGAACAGCUACCAGGGCAUUAUCCAGCCUUCGCGGGGCGGUCUGGCGAUCGCCCGGUGUGCUGCUGCUGCGGGGGUGGGCGGCGGGUACACCAUGGUACUGGGGACGGGGGUGCUGGGGCGGGUGCGCAUGUGCCCGCUGAGGCCCCGCAGCAAUGAGGAUGUGGACGAGUACUUCCCGCAUGCAGCGGAUGUGACACAGGUUAUAGCGCACCGCGACGGCCGCAUCGUAAUCACCACAGACGCCAGCGGAGGCUGGAUCAUGCAUGUGCUGCUGCCCCCGGGGCCCACAGCCGCAUGGGCUACUGCAGGCGCUGCUGCCGCCGCCGCCGCCGCAGGCGUCGGCGGUAGCAGCGGCACCCUAGCCCUGGCUCCCGCCGCAUCCAGUCCCAUGCCGGGUAUCGUACAAUCCACUGGCCCGCUAGCUCCCACCACACGAGCUAGCCCCGUACGAGCAUCCACAACAGGCGGGGUUGCGUUGGGCGCUGGCCGGGGAUCCUCGAGCGCCGGACAGCCGGGGGGUGCCCUACCUGGCACGCAUGUAGACCGUACGACAGCCGCACAUCGGAUGUUGCGUCAGAUCAUCGCGUCGUACGAUUCUGGAUCCGGCGGGAAUCUGGACGGCGGCGGCGGCAGCGCUGGAAGCGGUGGGCAGUUGAUCGUGAGCGUGCGUGCGGUUGACAUGCAGCAGCUGAAGGAGAACGUACGGGAGCUGAAGGACCGGCUGGCGAAGGCGGCGACGGAGGCGGAGUACAAGAUGUACGAGCGCGAGCAGGGCGUGCGUCGGGAUCUGGAGGGGGAGGUGUCCCGGUUGCGAAGCGUGGAGGCGAUGUUGCGCGCGGAGCUGGAGGCAACACGGGCUAAUGCAGCGGAUGAGUCCAAUGCGGCGACACGACUCAAGGAAGCCAUGACGCGAGACUUCGAACGGGCGCUGCGCGAGCAGCAAGACAUGUUUGAGAAGAAGCUUGCCGCUGAGAUCUCCCGCACUGAUGCCGCGGAAAAGGAGAUGCAGCGGCUGAGGGCCAAAUUCGGUCGCAAGCUGUGGCAGCUGGAUGAGGAGCAAGACAAACUCGUGCGGGAGGCGGCGGACGAGAAGUCCAAGCUCGAGGCGGCGGUUGACUCCACCAAGGCGGAGGCACAGAAAGCCAUUGCGGCGGCGCACCUGCAGACGGAGCAAGAGCUGCGGAUAGACGGCGAGCUGAACGAGGAGGAGCUGCAGCGAGCAGCGGAUGCGGCGCAGAAGCAGUUGGAGGAGAAGGACGAGGCCUACCUGAAGCUGCUAGCCAAGCACACGUUGCAGUCGGGCCUCACCACCAAGACCUCGCAGGAGAAUGAACGGCUGCGGGCGGAGGCGGAGAGCCUGCGCAAGGAAAACACACGGCUGGCGGAGCAGGUGAUGGCGCUCUCCGAGGAGCUGGAGGCCAUGCAGGCCGCCUGGGCCGACCGCGACGCGCGGCAGCGUCACCAGGACAGCGAGAUGAAGGACAUGGCCUUCCAGAUGCAGCAGGCGCAGCUGUUCACCUCGCUGGCCACCACUCGCAUCAAGGAACUCAACAACGAGCUGGAGCCGGUCCGGAGUGCGCGGGAUGAUGCGUUGACGCAUGUGGCGCAGAUGGAGUCGGUUGCCCAGCGGCAGUUGGAGCGGCAAGCCAAGGUGGUGUCGGACAACACCUCCCUGCAGACCCGACUAGAUGCGGCGUAUGAGGAGCUGAAGAACGUCAAGGGUGAGAUGCAGGAGCGCGAGGCGUACUUCAAGAACUUCACCACCCAGAUCUUCCGCACGCUGCAGGACGUGCCGCACCAGCAGUGGCCCAAACUGUUUGGGCGCUUGAUCGAUGACUAUCACAAGAGCCGUGACAAGGCCACCUGGUCCCGCUACCUGGCUGCUGACCACGGCCCCAACGCCCACCCGCCGGGGUCCCAGCCCCUUUCCUCCGGCGGCGUCGGCAUCGGCGGCAACACCGGCUCCUCUCCACGCGGCACUACCACCGCCACCUCCGCAGCUGCUGCUGCCGCUGCCGCCGCCUCCUCCGCCUCCGCCUCCGAGGCCGCUGAGAAGCUGGGUGAGAUGCACGCGCAGCUGAUGCACACGGAGCGCAUGCUGUCGCUGCUGACCGAGACCAAGGACAAGGCGGACAAGGCGCGGAGGGCGGUGGUGUCGAAGCUCAUGCAGGACAACCUAAUGGUGGUUCAAGAGCUCAACGACACCAAGCGCGACCUCAAAGCCGCUCGGGAGCUGGCGGAGAAGCGCGCCAUCGAGCUGGCCGACCUGCGCAUGAGUGUGGUGGUGGCGGGCGGUGUGCUGCCGCAGCUCGGCACCUACAGCUCCAUCACACACAGCCAACAGCAACAACAGGCGGGGGCUGUGGGCUCAGGUGGUGGUGGUGUUAGUAGUAGCACUGGCGCGGAGAGCAGCAGCGGUAACGGAGGCGGUGGCAGUGGCCCCUCGCCAGGAGGAGGAGGAGGAGGAGCAGGCGGUGGGAUGCCCAGUAGAGCCAUGAGCCGCGUGCCGUCCAGGCUGGGUGAUCCAGCCAAAGCUGCAGCCGGCGGGGGCGGAGGGGCCAACAGCAGUCCCCGUGUGCUGGAUAGCAACGGCUCCGCCGUGUCAUCAACCUCGUCAGUUGCAUGGGCGAAUGGUGGUGGUGGCGGUGGCGGUGGCGGUGGUAGUAACUCUCAGCAGCAGCAGCUGCUGCAUUACGGCGGAACGGGAGGCAGCGGUCUUCACGAGCAUCAUUCCCUGCAGCAGCAGCAGCAGCCGCUGGUGGUGACGGGCGAUAUGCCGCAGGGGGGUUGGUGGCUGGGCGACAGCAGCCCCUUUGAGCUGCCGGCCUCGCUAGACCACAUCGCCUCCGCAUCGUUACGUCGUAGCUUGAACAACAGCCAUGAUGGAAGCGCGCAGGAACGUCCGGGAGCUGGUGGGGGUGGUGUUGCCAGGCGAGCGGGAACUUCCGCCAGCGGCGGCGGCGCCGUCGGCCCGGCCGCCACCGCCGCUGGUCGCACCAGCGGCGGCGCGUUGAUAUCCUCUCGUGUGGCCUUGACGCCUCCCACUCCGCAUGCGUUGCUGCCGGGGGGUCGCCGACCCGAGACCACCUCCUCCUCCUCCGCCAACCUGGUCGCUGCGGCGGUGUCCGGCGCCGCCUUGCAGGCCUACAACCGGCAAAUGCAGCACCAACAGCACCAACAGCAGUCCUCAUCCGCGUCUUCAGAAGCCCCGUCCGCUGCAGCAGACAGCGGCGUCGGCGUCAGCGCCAGCGGAGGCGGCGGCGGCGGCACCAGCAGCAGCGGUGGAGCAGCCGCCGGCGGUCACCUGCGCGCCAUGUCUCCCCCGCUAGCACACCGCUCCUCCGACGUCUCCUCCACCUCCUCACCCGCCAGAGCCACGUCAGCAGGACCGACGGGAAGCAAUGCCGGCGGGUUGGGAUCCGCUGUCGGCGGCGGUGGCAGCGGCGGAGGCAGCAUCAGCAGCGGCGGGGGGCUGCCUCACCACCACCCGCACCAUCCUCACCCCCACCGAGCGCACCCCUCCCGCAGUACCUCGGCAGCGGGGGCCAUGAUGCCGUACGGCGUUUGGCAGCACCAACAGUACGGCACUCCCGGCGGCGGUGGGUUACUGGCCUCCGGGUCGGCAGGGUUGGGAAUGCCGUUUCUGCAGGGGCAGUUGCGACCCAGUACGACAAGCAAGGUGACCACCAUGGGUGCCGGGUUUCGGAGCUUUGUGCCGACACAGGGCAGCCCGAACAACUCCAGGGGAGGGGCUAUGGGACGGUAGGGUUCAUGAACUACAUGAGGGAGAGGCGGUAGGGUGGAUGCCCGCGGGGCGCGGAGGAGUUGGCCAUACGCGGUUGGUGUGGGCUGUGUUAGUUGCGGAGUUGGGCAUGUCUGAAUGCCCUUGCUGAUCCCGGACCUUGUGUCAUCUCGAGUACAUAUUAUACACCUUUGUGAAUGAUUCUUUGCGAAUGGUUCUGCGAUUAUGUGAAACUGUGUGUGAUCUGCCGAACAAGGGUAGUAAGAAUGCACAGCUGUGAAUGGGGAGUGGUAAGUUGUCGAACAAGGGUAGUAGGAAUGCGCACAGCUGUGAAUGGGGAGUGAUUCAGUUGUCCUGGGUUUUCAUAGUCCGCGGGUUGGGUCUGGAUCGCUUGUGCGAUGUACCCCUGUUCCUGCAUCUUGGUGCAUGGUAUUUUAUUUCAGUUCACUAGUGUUCUCACGGCAAUGAUGACCGAAUGACCCGCCACAUUGAGUGCGCUGCUGCCCCUGCCAUGCACGUAAGGACGGACGGGGUUCACCCCUUGCAACUCUUUCGGAGCGCAAGCCUCCAUUUCAUGGUGGCCAACACUGAAAGGCGCGACACGGUACAGCGCGUCGCCCUAAAAGGGGUUGCCCCCAUUUAUUAAAUGCAGCGCUUAAUCGAAGUUGCCAUCGACUAAUGAGCUGUGCGGUUUGGGUGAUUUGGGUGGCGUUCACCCCUAAAAACUACUGGCACGCGUGAUGUGUGCGGCGUGCCGGGGCCUUGUGCUGUGCGGGCUCAUGUUAAUUGCCCUAGCCCACCUUGCAUGUGUUUCAAGGUGAGGCAUCAGAGGACAAGCAAUCGACCAGCCAAAAGGUGAAGAAGGGCGCGUGCGGGGCCCCCUGCGCAGGGGCCGCGGCUAUGUAUCUGCUGCUGUUGGGGGCGCGGUUAUUUACAUAUAUGAAUGAAUGAAUACCGUUACAGUGCUUCCCUAAGGCUUCUGCUGGGUUGGACGCUGCCGUUCGUCGCACCGGGCUGUGGCUCCUCGUUGUAGGCUGUGGGGUAAGCGCGGUUGCAGGGCUUACGGUCGUCAUGCGAACAGCCAAACGCCCUGCAAACGGCGGCCGCGUGUUCACACCUGACACGGCUGCGGCACGGCGGUGCAUAAUACCGAUAACAAGCCUAACAACCACCACAAUGGGGGCUAUGAGGCAUUCCAGUAACCAACCAGGAGCAGACCCAG